AUGCUCUCCACGGUGAUGUGCAGCAGAGAGACGUUACCCAGCUUUGAGUUCAACAGUCGAAGAAGAAGCCCUGUUAGGAUCGAGCCACGCAGGAACACCAUCCCCGCAACGCAGACCCUCACUGCUAAACAUCUGCUGGCAUACCUUCCCCGACCUCAGUCAGAAACCAUCCGCUACACCCCUUACUCACACAAGGAUACAGAUAAAUCCUCUGUUGCCGCCAUGAUAACCACAAAAAGAGCUUCUCUCAUCCACAACUUGAACUAUGCAAAGUGCUCAUCACUCCCCCCAUCUCGUGAGGCUUCUCCCUCCUUGAGCCCCUGCAGCCAGUCCUCCCAUGCCCUCGCUUACUCUGAGCAAGAGCCCCCACAAACAAAAAUGAUCCAAGCAGUUCCUCUGGAGCCAGUGGAGGAAGAAGAAGAGAGGCCCGAGCCUCACCGUUGGCAUCGCAGCCGACACCUCAAGCGCUUCAGCUCCAGGUGGCAAUCCAGAAGCUCCGCUGGCAGCAGAGACUUUCCCGUGUCUGCCAUCGAGAAGCUGAAUGUCGCGAGGAGUCACAAGAAGCGCUGUAAGCUUCUCGGGGACGACCACUCUUCACAUGUCACCGUCAGCAAUCAGCGGCAGCGUUAUGUCACCAAGGAUGGAAAGUGCCAGGUCACCCAAGGACGUAUUAUAGAAAAGAGUCGGUUUAUCUCUGAUAUCUUCACCACAUUGGUGGACCUCAAGUUCUGCUGGUUCCUCCUCGUCUUCACUAUGUGCUACAUUCUCACAUGGGUGGCCUUUGGGGCGAUCUACCACUUUGGUGCCUGGUUGCGUGACGAUAUUGCACAUGUUAAUGACCCCGAAUGGAAAGCGUGCUUCCAAAAUGUAGACACUUUCCUUUCAGCCUUGCUGCUGUCAAUAGAAAGCCAGAGGACUAUUGGAUACGGCUCCAGGAUGGUGACGGCCCACUGCCCCGAGGGCGCGGUGCUCCUGAUGGUGCAGUCCAUCCUCGGCUCCAUCAUCGACGCCCUGAUGGUGGGCUGCAUGUUCGUUAAAAUCUCCCGGCCCCAGCAGAGAGCGCAGACUCUGAUCUUCAGCAAGCACUGCGUCAUAUGUGAGCGAGACGAGGAGUUGUGCUUGCUCUUCCGCAUCGGGGAUCUGAGGGCGAGCCACAUGGUGGACGCCAAGAUCCGCGCAAAGCUCAUCAAGUCCAGGCAGACCAAGGAGGGAGAGUUCAUCCCACUGGAGCAGUCGGAAAUCAAUCUGGGCUACGACACCGGGGGGGACCGGCUGCUGCUGGUGGAGCCGCAGACCAUCACACACUUCAUCAAUGAAAACAGCCCCUUCUGGGAGGUGGGAGCGGAGCGGCUGAAGAGGGAGAGCUUUGAGAUCAUCGUAAUCCUGGAGGGCAUCGUGGAAGCAUCCGGUAUGACGUGCCAGGCGAGGACGUCCUACACCGAGGACGAGGUCCUCUGGGGACACAGAUUUGAGUCCUGCAUUUCUUUGGAGAAAGGGGGUUUCCGUGUGGACUACAGCGCAUUCAAUAAAACCUUUGAGGUCCAAAUGUCCCAACUCAGCUCAAAAGACAGCAGCACUAAAAAGGAAAAAUAA